AUGAUCAUUACUAGAGAUGAUAUUGAUGGUAUCUCUGAUCUCAAGGCGUCCCUUCAACAUACUUUUGAGAUGAAAGAUCUUUAUUCUCUUAGCUAUUUUCUUGGUCUAGAAGUCAUAUCCAUUGAUGAUGGAAUCUAUCUCUCUCAAGCUAAAUAUGCUUCAGAUCUUCUUAUUCGAGCCGAAAUUACAGAUAGUCACCCUGAGUCUACUCAUCUCGAGCCUAAUGUUCAAUUUACUCCUAUGGAUGGCACUGAAUACCGUGCUCUCGCUGAGACUACUGCUGAAGUUAUCUCGACUCGUUGGCUUCUCGAACACUUGGGUGCUCCUCAGUCAUCCCCAACUGAUUUUUUUGUGACAACCGCAGUGCUAGUCAAAUUGCUCAUAAUGAUAUGGAUGUAUCUAGAGAUGGCAAUGGACCGAAACUCUAUGGAGGAAGAGACCCCUCGUCCACUCCCCAUCCCCGAUUAG